CGACCAAUAGGACGAAAGCAAUGAAUUUAAAAAGGGAGCCGCGGUGUUCAGUCAUCAAUCUCUUAUGAAAACAACUCUGGUACGGUACCGAAGAGCAACUACCGGCUUCCAGCACAGUUUAGAUACAAUGGCAAACAUAAUCUUUGCAGAGCGGGAAAAUGCAUGUCUCCAUGCACCUUCACUGAAGAUGCGACAGCGACUUCAGUCUGCCCCAGCAGAGAAACUCUUGAAAUCUCCUAUGAUUGCCAAAACCUUUAACACUCCCCUGCCGUCUGGUCGUAAGGCUUUUGGUGCUGUCAACAAAAAAAUCUCAACCCCUGGCAUCAACACACAGGAGAAGAAACUCCUAAAGCCACAGGAAACUAAAGUCAAACAAGCUCCUCAGACCAAUGUGGAAGAAUAUCCAGAAAUUGAGAAGUUCAUCCCUUAUGACCCACUAGAGUUUGAGAAGUACAGCGUACCUGAAGAUUUGGUUCCUCUCAGUGGCUUUGCUCUGCCUGGACUGGCCUGUUUCCCACAGGCGCCACAUCUGUGUGAGGACCUGGAAACGUUUGAUCCUCUCCCAAACCUGUCACCUGCAAAGAUGCCAAAACGUUCAGAUUAUUCCUCAGAGUUGGACGCCUUUCUUCAAACACUUGAUGAGCUGACCAUUGAACUUCCUCCAGAAUCUGUCAUUGACUGAAUGUUAAUACACUUUUUUUGUUAUGUCUACAUGUAACUUUUUUUUUUUUUUUUUUUUACUGAAAUA